GUGCGGUACCAAGAUGGACGCCCCUCGGGCCCGAGAGCAGCUUCGGCGGCGGUACUUGCUCCCGCCCGACGCCGAGGCCGCGCUGGACCGCGAAGGCGAUGCCGGGCCAGAAACUCCUAAACCUUUUGAGAAGAAGGAGAAACCACUUCCAAGACUUAAUAUUCAUUCUGGAUUCUGGGUUUUGGCAUCCAUUGUUGUGACCUAUUAUGUUGAUUUUUUUAAAGCCCUUAAAGAAAACUUUCACACUAGUAGUUGGUUUCUCUUUGGUGGUGGCUUGCUGCUUGUCAGUUUGUCAGUUGCAUGUUACUGCAUAGUCUAUCUGGAAUGGUAUCGUGGAAUUGAAGAGUAUGAUGUCAAAUAUCCAAUGCUGGUACCCAUUACAACGGCUACUUUUAUAGCAGCAGGGAUUUGCUUCAACAUAGCUCUAUGGCACGUGUGGUCAUUUUUUACUCCAUUAUUGUUGUUUACCCAAUUUAUGGGAGUUGUGAUGUUUAUCUCACUCCUUGGAUGAUUUUUGAAGAUUGAAGGACCUGUAAAUUUAAAGUGAAUGAUUAAAUGCCCAGAUAGCUGAAGGCAUCACAGAGAAAUAGUGAAAAAGCUACAGUGUGUUUUUACAUCUAUGAAGUGAGUGGUUUCCUUGAGAAUAUUGUGCCAUUGCAGAUUUACUGUUGAAAUCAGAAUAAAUUAUUUCAUUUAUGUAUGUGUAAACUCAAUUGAUUAUCAAGAUUUUUACAAGUCAGUUAUACAGAAAUAACUCUUUUGCAGUACUAAUCUGUUUGCAUCUUUGGAGAAAGUGGUUUCAUUACAGGUGCAUAAAUGCAGUAUUUUAAAUAUUUUGUUCAUGCAUUUGUUUCAGGGUUCACUGUAUGAAGUGACUGGAUGUGUAUAUAAAGGAAUUACAUUGUCAUGUGCCUUUAACUCAACUUCAGUAAUUGCUAUAAAUCUCAUUUUUAUAGUAGUUUUGUUAGGUAAACGGACCAAAUGAAAGUAUUUUAUGAUUUUUUGUCACUUUAGAUUUUAUCAUUGUGUAAAUGAUUGAUU